UUCUUAUGGAACAGACUCUGAGUGUCCACUAGGAGGCUUGACUAACAAGGUAUUUGUCUGGAUGCAAACAUUUAUGGCGUAAACUGUAAAAUAUAGAUUAAACGAUGAUUAAAAGGACAAGAACUGUUGCUGUUGGAGGAUUCGGCGUUUGAUGGUAGAUUAUCAAUGAUCAACAGUCUCCUCUCUAUUGGCCAGUCCAGUGCGCAUCUAUGAACUCCAUAACGCCCUCCACUUCUGCCGUCAGUAGCCCUGUCAGCUCUGUAGAUUCGCCACUGUCAGCCGUCAGCUCGUCCAUUGGCUCUCCUGGCAUUCCCGGCACACCAUCUGUUGGCUAUGGACCCAUCAGCAUCUCUCAAAUAAACUCUUCAAUGUCUGUGUCUGGGUUACAUGCUGUCAGCAGCUCUGAUGAUGUGAAACCCCCGUUUGGCUUGAAGACUGUCAGUGGCUCGGGGCCAAUGCUGUCGCAGAAACGCAUGUGUGCCAUUUGUGGGGACCGUUCAUCGGGGAAGCAUUAUGGUGUGCACAGCUGUGAAGGCUGUAAGGGUUUUUUCAAGCGCACAGUCAGGAAGGACCUGAGCUAUACCUGCAGGGACAACAAGGAGUGUCUGGUCGAUAAACGUCAGCGCAAUCGCUGCCAGUAUUGCCGCUAUCAGAAGUGCCUGGCCACGGGAAUGAAAAGAGAGGCUGUUCAGGAUGAGCGUCAGAAGAAUAAGGAACGGGAUGGAGACUAUGAAUGCAGCAGUUCAGCCAAUGAGGAGAUGCCUGUGGAAAAGAUCCUGGAGGCCGAGACAGCUGUAGAGCACAGAUCAGACUUGCACUCUGAUGCCACUGGUUCACCCAAUGAUCCAGUCACUAACAUCUGUCAGGCUGCAGACAAACAGCUCUUCACUUUGGUGGAGUGGGCCAAGAGAAUCCCUCACUUCUCUGAGCUGCCCCUGGAUGACCAAGUCAUUCUGCUCAGGGCUGGAUGGAAUGAGCUCUUAAUCGCUGCCUUCUCUCAUCGCUCCAUCAGCGUGAAGGAUGAGAUUCUGUUGGCCACAGGUCUACAUGUGCCCAGAGAGAGCACUCACAACUUGGGCGUGGAGGCCUUUUUUGACAGGGAAAGUGCACAGAGUGCAGAGGUGGGAGCCUUAUUUGACAGGGUGCUGACUGAGCUGGUCUGUAAGAUGCGUGAUAUGCAAAUGGACAAAACUGAACUUGGCUGUCUGCGUGCCAUAGUUCUGUUUAACCCAGAUGCCAAAGGUCUGACUAGCAGCAGUGAGGUGGAGCUUCUCAGAGAGAAAGUGUACGCGUCCCUGGAGACCUAUUGCAAACAGAAAUACCCAGAUCAGCAGGGGAGGUUUGCCAAGCUCCUCCUCCGACUUCCUGCAUUGCGUUCCAUUGGCCUUAAGUGUCUGGAGCACCUUUUCUUCUUUAAACUGAUUGGAGACACCCCCAUUGACACUUUCCUAAUGGAGAUGCUGGAGUCGCCCCACUAGCUGCAUCAGAGGAAGAUUGUGAAAUAGGGUUUUUCUAUCCUAGGUCCUGGAGAUAACUGUGACUGCACUUUUUCUUCCCAGGGGAAUUACAGCGAUUGGUCAGCCUCUGGUCUGGGGGUGUUUUUUUUAGUUCAGAUAUUUCUUGUCUUUUUCUCUUGAUUAUCUCUUAAGUGCACCAUAGAAUCUAGAGACCCAAAACUUGCCAUGAAAAAUUGUUGGUGCUACAUUUCAACAGUAAGCUAAUUCUUAUAUAUAUAUAUAUAUAUAUAUAUAUAUAUAUAUAUAUAUAUAUAUAUAUAUAUAUACAUAUAUAUAUAUAUAUAUAUAUAUAUAUAUAUAUAUAUAUAUAUAUAUAUAUAUACAUAUAUAUAUAUAUAAAUAAAACAAGUUAAAAACUUAAAUAUGGAAGCUCCAGUUACCUGACUGGUUUAGAUAAGUGGGGUUUAUGUUUCGAUAGAACCAUUUGAGGCUUUUAAAACACUGUGGAUGAUAAGCUUUAAUCGUAUGUAAGUGUGCUUCACCAUCUCUUAAGUUUGAGUGCUUUCUUCCUAAUUUAUUUUGCCCCGACCUGUAAGGACUGGUCAAGUGGGCGAAUAAAUGAACGAAUUAAUUCGGUAUUAUAGAUUUAAAUUGACAUUUACUUUGCUUGUGUGAGAAAUCGGGCGAAGAAAUCUAUAUGCAAUGAAGCUUGAAAUGAUGCAAAACAGAAAAGACUAGAUGUAUUAUCUCCAAAAAAGCAAUUUAUGUGAUAUUGUGCAAUGUUAAGCCUAAAUCCAGAGUUGGAUGUGAGGGAAAUGCAAGCACUCUUUUUAUUAUCUUACGCACUCAUUUUAUUAUCACAUCAUGAGUGCCUAAAUGACAUAUGCUUGAUAUAUGAUUUAAAAAAAAAAAAAAAAAAAAAAAAUUAAUGUUUGCAGAAAAUAGGACAAACAAAAAGAUGAAUUUCUGUUUAUGUCAUCAGCAGUUAUUGUACGAAGCAGGUCGAUUUCCUUUCAUUCUUUUUGUUUUGCCUGAUGUGUCCUAGGCUGAAAUUGUCUUAAACCUGCAUUGGUUUUACUAGUUAACUGUCAGUUAAUAAAACACUCUCUUCUCUUAUCACAUAUCAGGUAACUGUAUAAGAGUGAUAAUUCCUCAAGUAAACUGCACUAUACGAAAAAAAAAAAAAAAAAUGUCAUUCCUUUUUUUUUCUUUUCUUUUUUUUUUUUUUUUUUUUACCAUUGUCAGAUUUAAGAAGAAAAAUACUUUUGGUGCUUCGGAAUCGACAUUUGAUAUUAUAGCCCUAAAAAGUGCACAUGUAAAACUGCAAAAAGGAGAAGUACAGCUGCCUUCAGCUUUAUAGAGAUACUAAUCAGAGCAGUAUGAAAGUUCAUUGGUGUGCACUUGCUGUUUGUAUUUGGAAAACCUUCCAACUUGAAAUUUCUACAAUUAAUUUCUUCUAGUACUGUGCAGACCCUAUUGUUCAGGGACAUUGUGUAGCUAUUGUGUAGACAUAGACAGGCUUGGAAUCAAUAUAUAUUCUCUUGCUUUUAUCACUUUCUUUAGUUUGUAGUUGGCAUACAACUUGCAGAAAAGACAUAGUUUGCACUGGAUUUUACCAUGAAUCCUAGACUUUGGAUUUUGUCUUUUUUUUCCUUUCUGUGAUCUGAGCUUAUUUGGUUUUCGUUUCUUUUUGACCUACCAUUGAUAUAUAAUUUUCUUUUCUUUUCUUUUUUUUUUGCUUUUUCAUGGCAUCUUUCUGUUCUUGCUGAAAAAGUUAUGGGGACAAAUGCAAGCUCACUUUUGCCAUAGAUAUAUCUAACAAACAAACAAACACACAAGGUUGUUUUUGUAUGGUCUUGUACAACCAACAUCUUUACUGCAUUAGGCAUGUUACAUGUCUGUUGUUGCACUAAAAUUGUCAUACAAUUAUGAUUGUAAUGAGAUUCCAUCAGUUUCGAUGUUGUCACAGCUCAUUUUAGAGGAGCUCUGUGACACUGCAAAAGAACCGUCUGCUGUACAUGACCCUAAAUAAAGGUGGUGAUAUGUCUAACAA